AUGGCGACAGCCGAUGUCGACCAUAGGCCGGUAGCAGGCGACCCGGGGCAAGUGGUGGUGGAGCUGAGCAGUAUCCCGCAGAUCAAUUUGCAAAGCGAUAGCCCCGACUUGUCCCGCUCCGCGUCCUUUCAGCUCAACCCAGGGUCCGGUCCGCGUAGCCAUGAGGGCUCGAGUACGCCAACAACAGAUGGUCUGCUUGCCCCCGGCGCGACGCAAGAUGGGCAGUUCAGAAAACCUCGGUUUGUAGCCAGAGAUGGUGCAAUUGGCGGAAAGUCCCAUAAUGAGACAAAUGUGGAUGUGGUCUUGGUUCCGUGUCCUGGGGCUGAUCCUCAUGAGACGUGGAUGCGCGAGCCUCUGGCGAGGGAUUUCUUCAGGAGAUUACCAACUCUUCAUCAUAGCAAGGUGGCGAAGUGGAACGAGCAAAAGGCAAUAACAAAACUCACAGCCAUUACGCCUUUCAUCGGCGGACUAGUAGUCAAGUUGGCGUUGACGCAAGCCAGCCGCAGUGCCAGAUAUCGUCCCAUCCUCGAAGACUGUUACGGCGUAACUUUCUUCGCUACUCCCCACCGAGGAUCCAGCUACCUGUCUAUUGGCGACUUCGGCAUGAGCAUUCAGCAGCUACUCCACCUCCCUCGGCCGUUGACAACCAAGCUAAGGGGCGAGUUGACACCCGAUCACCCACCACUUCUCAAAAUAGACGACGACUUCAAGCAGCUGUCAAGCGAGUUCCAAGUUUGGAGUUUCCAUGAAACAGAGGACUCUGAGCUUUCAAGAAUUGGAAUUACUGGGCUAACAGAUAUACCGUUCAAAGCCCCUAUCACAUCCAUGCGGUCAGCCAUCCUUGGAGUCAGGCAUGAAAAGGUGUAUGCAUUGCAAAGCAGCCAUGCGAACUGCGCAUCAUUUGGGAUGAAAAAUGCACAGACCCUGAGACUGUACUUGUUGGACCUUGGCAUUGCAAUUCAAAAGGCAGAGUCGCUUAACCAAAACACCACCCAUGUUCCUUUGAGGCUGGAGCAAAGGGUCAUGAUCGAGGUUCACGGCUUCUAUGAAACUGGCUUGGCAAAUGAGACCCCUGGUGACACCAGCGUUCGCCUUUUUUCAACCAAGGACCACUCAUUGGAGGCAUUUUGGGAGGAAGGCCCAGACGGGCUACUCGAGAAAAGGCUUAAUGAUAUCCGGUCAGAGUCUCAACAUGACCCUCAGGACACACAGUUCGUCGGCCAAAAAGGCAGAGCUCAAUCUCUGCUCUCGCCUGCCAAAGCUCUUACCGGUGGGGAAGAGGCCCGGAAAAAGACACGACGCCCAUCAGUGACAGUUGUAUCCUCUGGAAGCUCGAGUACACCAGCAGACCCAAAAUCUACCGGGUCGCCGAAACGAAAUUCCCUCAUUCCAGAACCAACGGCAUCCAGGGCAGCAAAUGGUGGCGAUGGUCCCCCAGACUCCCAGUCAUCUCCAGGGCCAGGUUCUGUUCGUAAUGGCUCCCUUCUCCAAGACACAGGAAUCACUGGCCCCGGACUCACUUUACCUCGACAUGAAGACGAAAUUUCAUCUAUGAGCCGAUCCACAACUGGGAGCGAGACUCUCGUAUCUCAGAUGUCAUUUGGCGCAGCCAGCAAGACGCGCAAAUUUGUCUGGAUCCACACGCCAUUCAACAACCCUGUGUGGGUGAAGAAAGUCUUCGAUACAAUAUCUUUAAAGGACAGACAGGAUUAUUCUGAACUAUUCUCUUCAGAGAAUUGGACUUCGAGGCAUGAGAGGGGUCGUCAUGCUCAGCACCACGCUUGCUUCUUGAAGCCAGCUUGUGGGUAUGUGUCUCUCAAGGCAAAACAGCCAUCGAUGCUCUUUGGGCAAACAGCUGCCAGUGGCCGAGGCCUUCAACGUAACGACAGUUCAUCGCCUCGUCAGGGCUGUCUCUAUCUUUACUUUCCCUUCUUGCAUUUCGACUCAUACAAGAUGUUGGUAAAACGGCGUGACAUAAUCAAAAGACGAGCGGCCCAAGGCCGCACCAGACCAGUCCCUCCGGAGGUCGCAAAGGAUACAUCGCUUGAAUCUCGGGUCAUCUGGGGAUAUUUGGGGUAUGACCCGCCCUUUAAUUGUCGACGGACCCUUGACCAGUACCGCUAUCCUUCUCUCCACGACACACGAGCUAGGGACGAUGAUCAGAUGUUGUACAAAAUGACCAAGGAGAGGGUAAUUCUUAAUGCAAAACCAGCUGUGGCGUCGCUUGGCCCCGUGCUGAGAGGCGAUGAAAGGGUGCUCACACAGUACGACCGAGGCGACGCUGCUGGCUUUGGAGAUGACGAUGAUGAUGACCAGGAGCAUUUAGAUUCAGAAAGUGAAAGCAAUGAGGACGAGCUAGAUGCCAAACCAGAAGAUGAUGUCCUGGAUGGUAACGUUUUGAUGGUGGAUCAGUUAUGGUUAUGGGCAGCGGAUACCAAAACCUUGGUCACUUUCUAUCCGUCCAGGGAAGGCAGCCCAAUGGAGGGUCCAUUGCAUCAGCAAGCGGACCUCCGCGACAGCGUUUUCAACGAAAUCAACGACGAACUCCCCCGCCCAUGCGAAAAUGCUCUCGAUCUGGCGGCCCUGACAGUCCUUUACGCAGUUUCAGCCCUGAUGGAUCGGUCGUCACACCCAGAUCUAGAAAUAUUUAGAAUUUUCGAAGAAGCGAUUAGUGUUCUGACGGAGAAAAUGACAUCGUCGUUGAAGCGCUUCCGCACUACAGGUUUCAGGAACAGAUACGGUGAGGAAGACGAUCUGAAGCUCAACUCGUCUUCCAUCCGGGCACGACAUAAGAGAGAAGACGAAAAGGCGGAAAAGGAGAACCGCGACAACACCUCGGCCCUUCUAGAGCUCCGAGAUAUCGAAGAUGAGCUGUCUACCCUCAACCAUUUAUUUGGGGAGCAGGAGGAUCAAAUCAACCAGAUGCUUGCCAUCUACAGCGGUAGCAGCACCGUCAGUUCUCCGCCUACCAGCCCACCUCCGCCCCCUGUAUGGGGCAAUCCUGUCAACAGUCCCCCGGAGAACAACAGCACAGGCACUUUCCCCUUGUUUGGAACCCCUCUCACCAAUAACGGGAGGGUGUACCUACAGGAGGCCCUAAACAAGCUCAAGUCUUACCGUGCUCAGGCAAAAGAUAUGAUUCUGCGCGUACAGGCAACCCGACACGACUUCGACAAGCUGCUCGAGACGGUUCAGCGCCAGGCCCAAAUAGACGAAGUGCGCCUGUCCCGGCAGCAGGCCGACCUCGCCAGCGCCCAGAACCGCUCCGUGAUGAUCUUCACGGUCUUCACUGUAAUAUUCCUUCCCCUCUCAUUCUUCACCAGUCUCUUCGGCAUGAACACGCACGAAUGGGGCGGGGGUAAUAAUAUUCGCCUCCGCACGAUCGGGUCAAUCGCACUGCCAGCCUCGGCACUUUUAAUCAUAAUGGCACUGUUCGUGGCCUGGAGCACGUCUGUAAGGAAAGCUUUCAAGUCAUUGAGCAAGAGAAUUCGAAGGACCAGGAACCGGGCCAGGCGGUGGUGGAAGAAGCAAAUGGCAGCUUUCUGGAAAAAGAACGAGAACAGACCACGCACAAGAAUUGGUAGGCUCAAGAUGCAUCGCAAACGGGAAGCACUUGAAGUAAAGAGGCAAAAGAACAGGAUGAAGCGCGAGAUGACAAUGCAUGACUUUUGGGAGCGGCAUCAGCUGGAUAGGGAAACGAAGUACGAGAUUCCCUCACGGAAUAGGAAGAGUAUCAGUUUAGCCCGGGCAAAAGCAAAGGCUAGAAAGGAGGAGAAAGAGCGGAGAGGGUAA